AACCGAUAAACAAAUUUAAAUUACAAAGUUUCCAGGAAUUAUUAUUAUUUUAAUUCUCUAUAGAAACGGGAAUAAUUAGUAUCGGAGCUAACGGAUAACGCUUAUACUAAUAUUUUUUCAUCAUUAAAGCUGUAUUUGUGACUACAAAUUUUUGAUAUAUUAAGAAUAAGUAAGGAAACUUAAUAUCGCUCAACAUAUAGGAUAAUAUUGAACGAAAUUGCCGACUAAGGAAAAAUCUGGAGAAUGCAAGCCCCCAUAAGUAAUUCAGAGGGGGUUCGUCAAGCUUUACAUUUCCCAAGAAAGUCGUCCUAUCCUGGAAGACAGUUGGAAUUUAGGGAACCUAGAGCACCUUUUGCAGUAAACUAUGAACCACCUACUCAUAAAAUACCUUCAUACAAUUCUGCUGGUAAGUCGUCUUCCGCUUGUCAAUGGCCAUAUCCAAAACAACAUAAAGUCAAUAGAAGUUACAAUGUUAGUGCUUUGGAUCUAAGUCAUCGUAAUGCUAGCGAGACUAAGAUAAGCCGAAAUGCUCCAUUCGCUCCGAGACUCUUGGAAAACGAUAGCGUUUUCGAUUAUAGAGGUUAUCCUUCCGCUAAUGGACUCAGGGCUGAUAUUCCGUCCUAUAGUUCUCUUCAUGAUCCUCAUUUACAUGAUUUUUUUACUAAAAAGUUUCUUGGUCAUGUGCCAAGUCGACCUAAUAGCGCAAGUACAUCAUCCAGUAGAAUAAGAAAAUCUUUAACAUCUAGAUUAGCUGCUAGGAAUACGACUGGUAAAAAGAAACAUGACGUCCUGUACAAAAUUACAGUUUUAACCGGAAAUAGGAAAAAUGCAGAAACAAAAUCCAAAGUUUUUAUAAGGUUAAAAGGUACCAAGGCAAAGCUACCUAGGAAGAGAUUAUCGAAGAAAAUCAAAAAUAGGCCUGGAAAGAGAUUUGUCUUUGAACGUGGAAGUACAAAUACUUUUAAGAUGAGAGGAAAUGAUAUUGGAGAUUUAACAUCUAUAAUAAUUGAGCAUGACGGAAUUACAAAAGAAGAAAGCUGGUUUCUAGAACAAAUCGAAAUAACUAAUACAGCUAAUGGAAAAACAUGGAUAUGUAUUUGUAAAAAUUGGCUAUCCCUAUUUGAAGGUGAUGGAAAAUUAAGUAGAGAGUUGUUUGUAAGACAAUACUCAAGAACAGAGUAUGAGAUUGUAACUGUUACUGGAGAUAAACUUAAUGGAGGAACAAAUGCUAAAGUAUUUGUUACUUUUUAUGGAAAACAUGGUAUCUCACCUAAGAUACAAUUGAGAAAUAAUAUAGGAGAUACGUUCGAAAGGAAUAAAAGCGAUGUUUUUAUUGUUAAAUCAAAUUGCGUUGGUCCAAUUGACAAAAUACGUAUCGAACACGACAAUACGGGCCUAGGACCUGGAUGGUUUCUAGAGAGAGUUGUCGUAACAGAUCUAAAGAAUAAAAGGUGGCGAUAUUAUUUCCCUUGCGGAAAAUGGUUAGCGAAAGAUGAAGGCGAUGGAAGGAUAUCAAGAGAUUUAGUUGGAACACUGGACCCAUCUAAAGUUGUUUCAGGACAAAAAUAUAAGAUAUCUGUGCUUACUGGUUCGAAGAGUGGAUCUGGCACAAGCGCCAAUGUAUAUGCGACAAUUUUUGGGGAAUCAGGUGAUUCUGGUGAACAUAAAUUAGGAUCCAGUUUUAAAUCAGGAAGUAAAAAUGAGAUUACUAUCGAAUGCCCGUCUUUGGGUAACCUUAAACGAGUUCAUAUUGGACACGACAACUCUGGUCUGGGUCCUGGAUGGUAUUUGGAAAAGAUUAUUGUCGACGAUAUUAAACACGAUAGAGUUUACGAUUUCCCCUGUAACAAAUGGCUAGCUAGGGAUGAAGAUGAUGGUCUAAUUUCCCGAGAUCUUAUUCAUAAUGUGGGAGCAGUUGGCAACUUGCCGGGUAUUUCUUAUCAUUUGAAAGUGAUUACAGGAAAUGUUGAAUCGGCUGGAACAUCGGCAAGAGUUUAUAUUAUAAUGCACGGAAGUAAGAACCAAACCAGCGGAAAAGUUUGGUUGGAUAAUGGAAAAUUUGAUAGAGGACGAACCGACUUACUAGAAUUCGAUAUAAAUGAAAACUUAAGUCCUAUUUCGAAAAUUGAAAUUGGUCAUGAUGACUCUGGUCCAGGCUCUGGAUGGUUUCUUGAUAGAGUUGUAAUAUUUUGUCCGGCAACUGGUAUUGAACAAUUUUUUCUGUGCGAUAAAUGGUUGGCAACCGAUGAAGGAGACGGUCUUAUUGAGAGAACGUUGUUUGAAAAUACUUCUAUGAGAAAAAUUAAAGAUAAACAAAAAACUUGGGUUGUUAAUGUUACUACUUCAAAUAUUUCUGGAGCAGGAACCGAUGCCAAUGUUAAAAUGGUCUUAUACGGAAAAAAUAAAGAUGGAGUAUAUAAAAAAACUGAUGACAUUACUCUGGAUAAUAGAGGCAAUAAUUUUGAGGCUGGAGAAACAGAUUCGUUUAAGAUUCACGCAUCUGCAGUUGGAACACCUUAUAAACUAAGAAUAUGGCACGAUAAUUCAAAUCCAGCAGCGGGAUGGCAUUUAGAUAAGAUUGAUCUUAUUUCUCCAAAUGGCAAAAUAUACCUCUUCAACUGCCAAAGAUGGCUUGCAACGGACGAAGACGAUUACGAAAUAAUUAGGGAAUUACCGGCAGAAGGAGAACUAGUUAAAAAAGUUCAACAAUUAAAAAAAUACAAAGUUCAAAUUAUUACUGGAAAUAAGAGAAAAGCUGGUACAGAUGCAAAUGUCUACAUUAACAUCUACGGCGAACAGGGUGACACUGGAAAUAGAUUCUUAAGAAAUUCCAAAACGAAUAGAAACAAAUUUGAGAGGGGAAACACGGAUGAAUUUAUUAUAGAGGCUGUUGACUUGAGAAAGAUUAAAUGUAUUAAAAUAGGACACGAUGGAGCCAACUUUGGUGCUGGGUGGUUCUUGGAUAAAGUUGUUAUUGAAGAUUUAAGUAAUUCUAAAAAUAAAGAAACUUUCGACGUUCAACGAUGGUUCGACAAGGGCGAAGAUGAUGGAUUAAUUGAAAGAGUCAUUAUGCCUGGCGGAUCUAGUGCAUUGCAGACAACGACGUAUAUCGUAUCAGUAAAAACUGGAAAUAAAUCUGGUGCAGGCACUGAUGCUAAUGUUCAUUUGAAAUUAUUUGGUGAAAAAUCUGACACUGAUGAAUUAACGCUAAAAUAUUCCGAUAAUACAUCAAAUAAAUUUGAACGUGGGCGGACUGAUGUCUUCAAACUAGAAGCAUCUGAUAUUGGAAAAAUAAAAAUGUUAAGAAUAGGACAUGACGGUAGUAAUCCAGGUUCUGGUUGGUUUCUUGACGACGUAUCAAUUGACGUUCCAUCUAGAGGUGAAAUGUAUAGAUUUGCCUGUCACCGCUGGCUAGACAAAUCGGAAGGGGAUGGUCUAAUAGAAAUCGAAAUGAAUCCUACGGAUUAUCUUGAAGGAGACAUAAAAAUUCCUCACGAAAUCAAAGUAUGGACUGGAGACAAAAUGGGCGGCGGUACCGAUGCUAAUGUUUUCCUUCAAAUGUAUGGGGAAUCUGGUAAAACUGAAGAAAUUCCCCUAAGGAAUAAAACUGACAACUUUGAAAGAAAUCAAUUAGAUACUUUUAAAAUUUAUGCGCCGGAUGUUGGUAAAAUAUUAAAAAUUCGUAUCGGCCAUGAUGGAACAGGUCGAGGAGCUGGAUGGUAUAUGGAAAAAUUGGUUAUAAUAAAAAGCUCUCUGGUUGCUGGUCGGAGAAAGUUGAAAAAGAAACCUUCGCUCAGAAAGAUUGGUCGUUGCGACGCUCCAGAAGAGGAUAACGAUGAAGAGGAGGAAAGAGUUGACGAACGUAUUAUGGAAAGACGACGAAGGAAAACUAUUGAAAAGAUAGAAGCCUUUGGGGCUGGGGAAAUAGAUAAAAUUGAGGAAUAUUGGUUUGUUUGUCAGAAAUGGUUUGCCAAAGAUGAAGAUGAUAAAAAGAUUGUCAGAACACUUUUACCAACAACUCAGGACGGUAAACCUCUUAGGGAGGGCCUUAAAGAACUCGAUUAUCGAGUUAUCGUCUUUACUGCCGAUGUAAGUGGGGCGGGAACUAAUGCGAAUGUUUACCUUAGUCUUACCGGAGAUAUGGGUGAUAGUGGUGAGAUUCACCUCUCAAAGUCCCAAAAUUUUGAUAAAUUCGAGCAAAAUCAAGAGGACGUUUUUAACUUGACUUUCCCCGACAUUGGCCGACUUUCAAAAGCAAAAAUCAGACACGACAAUAAAGGUAUAGGAUCUUCCUGGUUUCUAGGUCAUAUAGAAGUAGAAGAUCCAAAGAGAAGAGAAAUUGUCUAUUUUCCAUGCCAGAAUUGGUUAUCUACAAAAGAAGGGGAUGGUCUUCUUUGCAGGGAGCUCGUUCCUGUUGACCGUUCUUUGAAAGAUGAGAUAACAAAGAGUAAAUCUCUUAGUAUUAUAGCAGCCGAAAUAGCCAAGGCUAAAACUAUUUAUACAUUGAAUGUCUAUACCGGUAACGUGUUUAAAGCAGGAACCGAUGCAAACGUCUACGUAUAUUUAUUUGGCAAAGAUGAUAGUAUUGGACCAAUACCUUUAAAGCACUCAUUGACCUAUAGUAACAAAUUUGAAAGAGACCAAGUUGACAAGUUUCAAAUAGAAGCCGUUGGUUUAGGAACCUUACAGAAACUAAGAAUUGGACACGAUGAUAAGAAUUUAUCAUCAGACUGGUUUCUGGAUAAAGUUGAAAUUGAAUGUCCAUCUGAAGGACGAAAUUACAUCUUCCCAUGCGGAAAAUGGUUGGCUAAGGGUAAAGAAGACGGAUUGAUAGAGAGAGAUCUAUAUCCUCACGAGGAUGCGACUGAAACCUAUGAAAAAUGUAUACCGUAUAACUUUACUAUUUAUACAACGGAUAAAAUUGGAGCUGGUACGGAUGCUGAUGUUUUUGUGAAGCUCUUUGGACAAGAUACCUGUACAAAACAAGUUAGUUUAUGCCUUGAUAAAAGGGAAAGGAAGAAGAAAUUUAAAGCUGGAGCUAAAGAAGAUUUUGUUAUUAAUUUGGAAGAUGUUGGUGAAAUAGAAAAAUUACAAAUAGGUCAUGAUAAUUCUGGUAUUGGAGCCGCUUGGCAUUUACAAAAGGUAGAAGUUAGAAAACUCAAUCCAACUGGAAGUGAUGAAAAAGCCACUUCGGGUUCAGACACUUACAUAUUCGAAUGCGAUAAAUGGUUUGAUAAGAAUAAGGGCGAUAGAGCUAUUGUUAGAGAUUUAGUUGCGAAGGAUGUCAUCAAGGAGAGGAGGAAUAAAAGAGGAGCAUUGGAAAAAAAGAAACUAACCAGAAGAGAUACUUUAACGAUGAUCAAAUAUACUGUGGACGUGUAUACUGGAGACCAAAGUGGUGCUGGAACAAAUGCUAAUGUCUUUUUAACCAUGUAUGGUAGUAAAGGCGAUAGUGGAGAGCAGCAGUUAACAAAAUCCGAAACUCAUUUUGAUAAAUUCGAAAGAAAUCACUGUGAUAAAUUUUAUAUUGAGAAUGCGGAUCUUGGAAAAUUAUUCAAAAUCUUUAUCAGGCACGAUGAUAGUGGUCUAAGAUCUGAUUGGUUCUUGGACAGGGUUGAAAUUAAUGAUGAAUUUCACGGUGACAAAUAUAUCUUCUAUUGUGAGAGAUGGCUUGCUAAAAAGAAAGGAGAUGGAAAAUUAGGGAGACAGAUUGCAGAAAAGAAUUAUACAGGAGAACUGACAAGUAAUUCAUCCCUUAACUCAAGCAGAAAGGGUAGUACUCUUAGUAUGGAAUCUCACUCGAGUAAGAGUCCAAGGGUAAGAAGAAAGGAGUUGGAGAAUAUACCAGAAAAUCCAAUCCCUUAUACCAUUAAAGUACAAACUGGUAAAAGUUUUGAUCAUGGAACCUCGAGUAAUGUUUGGGUGAAUCUAAAGGGCUCGAAGAAAGAAACUGGUAGAGUACCUCUAGAGUUCCAGACCGAAAACAAUAGAUUCAAUCCGGGUUCCAUAGAGAACUUUUCAAUUGAUGCGGAAGAUAUUAGAAAACUGAAAUCUAUCGAGAUUGGACACGAUGGAGUUUCAACAGGAAGUGGCUGGUUUCUAGAACAACUAACAGUUGAUAUGCCAACGAAGGGUAAAUCUUACACUUUCCAAUGUAAACAAUGGCUUGCUAUCGACAAAGACGACGGAAAAACUACAAGAGUAUUUAAUGUUGAUGAUCAAGAUUCAAAAUCAGUUGUAUCGUAUUCACCAAAAAUACCAUACGAAUUGACUCUAAUUACUGCUGAUGAAAGUGGAGCUGGAAGCGAUUGUCAAGUAUCUAUACAGCUAUUCGGUUCGGCAUGUAGUUCGGAAACUAUUCAUAUUCCGAAGAGAACCGACAGAUUCGAGAGAGGAAGAGAAGACGAAAUUAAAUUUGAAAUGGAAGAUUUAUCGUCAAUCACUAAAAUGCGAGUUAUGGUCGAUGGUAAAGGCGAAAGAAGCGAGUGGCUCCUAAAAGAAGCAAGAGUUUUGCAUACUUUAACGGGUGAUAAAUAUGUAUUUAAAUGUAAUGAAUGGCUGGGAAGAGGACCUAAUGCCAAAGGUAGACUGAGUCACGAUAUGGUGGCUCUGCUAAGAGGUAAAGCUCAACUAAAAUCGACAAACUAUACAAUUAUGAUUAAAACAACGAAUAAAACGCACGCCGGAACCAGUGCAAAUGUUACGUUAGAACUAUUCGGUGAAAAAGGAAAUAGCGGUGAAUUAAAACUAAAGAAACCAAAAUCGGGACAAAAACCCUUUCAAAAAGGUCAAACUGACGAAUUUUCAUUCGACUUGCUCAGUCUUGGAAGUUUGCUUAAAAUACGUAUACAACACGAUGAUUCAGGCUUCGGGUCUGGCUGGCACUUGGAGAAUGUUGAAGUCAUGGAUAAUAACGAAAAAUUUACCUACAAAUUUAUCUGUAAUAAAUGGCUUAGUAAAUCUGACGAUGAUAAGCAAAUCAUUCGAGAAAUACCUUGCUCAAAUCCAAGGACUCCCGAGUCUUCGAGGAGGGGAAAACACACUUAUGAAUUUGAAAUUAUUACGGGGGAUAAAAAAGAUGCCGGUAUAGUGCACAAUUGCUGGAUAAUACUUUGCGGAACAAGCGGCGAUACUGAUCUUAUAUUCUUGAGGAAUGAUUCUAAAACUUGUUUCAAGAGAGGAGAAACUGCAACGUUCGAAAUGAAAAUAAAAAGUGUUGGCGAUAUUCAAACAAUUAAGGUUGGAGCCUAUGCAAGAGAUGAAGAUAGGUUCAACGAAAAUGCAGAAGGCCGAACAAAUGAAUGGUUCUGCCAUACCGUUAAAAUCACCGAUUGUACUACAGGCGAUAAAUUCAACUUCUCUUGUAAAGAUUGGAUUCAAGUUACGAGAAAACCAAAGAAGAGAUAUGCUGUUGAGUGCAAUUUAAAAAAGAAACAGGAAGGAUCCAUAGGUGCUAUUGCAGCUCCUUUGGAAAACGUUAAAUAUGAUAUUCACGUAUUCACUGGAGACGAACCGCAGGCGUCUACUGAUUCCAACGUAUUUAUAACAAUAUUUGGAAAGUUUGGUGAUAGCGGCAAAAGAAAACUAACAAAAAAAUUCACAAACCUAUUCGAAAAAGGCAACAAAGAUACUUUUACAAUCGACUGCGUAGAUCUAGGAGAUUUAACCAAAAUAAAAAUAGAACAUGAUGGUUCGUCAUUUUUCAAAACUGAUUGGUUCCUAGACAAGGUCGAAGUAUACAAACAAACUACUGGAUCUAGAGUAGUAUUCCCAUGUAAUCAAUGGUUGAGCAAGAAGAGAGGGGAUCGUCAAACUUGGAGAGAACUGUUACCUCAAGAAUAA